AUGAAACUGCCCAUUAGUUCCAUGUUCCGGUCCCCAUUGAUCCGUUCCCAACCCAUUUCACGUGCAUCUCGUCCAAUAACCUUUGGACAAUCGAAUUCUCACGACCAAAUCCGCGCUUUCCUAAUCUCCACACCCAGAGCUCUCCAUACAGAAACCCUUACUUCGAGACAAAAAGCCACUGAAGAGAAGAAAUCCCAAUCAGAUGUGGCCCCACAAAGUACAGUUUCAGAAGAGAUUGGCAACUUUGCAAAAAAGGAUGCCGGAAAUGUCCACCAGCAAUCUACGUCCUCUCUUACGGCAGUGCAGGAACCACUUGAACCGCUCUUGAGAGAAAAUGGAGGAAAAUGGAUUUUGACAGAUGAUGGAAUGUCUGUGGAGAGGCUCAUUACAUUCAAGGGAUUUAAAGAUGCUUGGAACUUCAUGAACGCCAUCGCAGCAAAAUGUAAACAAGAAAGACAUCACCCCGAAUGGGUAAACAUUUACAACAAGGUGUUCAUCCGCUGGACCACGCAUGAUCUUCCCGGUCUCACAGCCACCGAUAUCCGUAUGGCUACGUUUUGCGACGAGCAAGCUACCAUACAUAAAGAAGUAUACAAAAUUUCAGAAGAACCACUCUCAGAAAAUACUCAGCACGAAGACUUUCUCAACCAAGCUCAUCAGAUCGCUGAUAAGUUAUCGUCGAAAUGA